AUGGCAGCGAAGGAGGGCAUUUGGAGCGACGUGGUGGGCGACGAUCGGCGGCUGAGCGCCUCGAAUGCCCUGCAGGGACUCGAGGAGGACUGGCCGGCGAACCCCUGGCAGCAGCAGGCUGACGCUCAUCUCCUGCACCUGCAGCGUUCGUUGGGCCAGGAGGCAGCUCUGGUGCCAUGCAUGAUGCUAGCGCCGCAAGGCCGCGUUCACGAGCUGGAGGGCCAGCUCGCCGCCUUGGAGGCGACCUGUGCUGCCCAAGCCGGAGACUUGCAGGAGACGCAAGCUGAGCUGGAGCUUUUGAGGCAGAGGCGACCGCAACGGCCCGACGCGGCGGAGCAAACUGCCCUGCAGGAGAAGAACGACUUCCUGCAGGUCUUGGUCGCUCGCUUUGAGCGGAAAGUGAUGGCCCUGGAGGAGGAGAAUGCAGGGCUCACGGUGGCACUUUGCAAGACAGCGCCUGUGGCCUCUGCCGCGUCCCAGACAGAGGAGUCGCUGCACGAGCUCGAGGGCCAAGUGGCGCUGCUGGAGGAGCAGCUGCGCAGCAAGGAGCAUGAGCUCGAAGAAGCGAAGGACAGGCUGGAGGAGGAGAAGUUGACGCGGCAGAAGCGGGAGGCCGUGGUCAAAGGAAGGACCGCUGAGGAACUAGCCUUGGAGGUGGAGACGCUGGAGUCCCGGGUCGGCUUCCUGUCGGACCUGGUGAAUCGCUUUGAGGACAAGACCAUGCUGCUGGAGAAGCAAGUGAAGGUCAUGAGUUCCUCGGAGAAGGAGCUGGGCGCCGAGUUGCAGCAGAGCCGACAGCAGCAAGAGGACGCCGAGGCUGCGGCUGUGGUCAAGCAGCAGCAGUUACAGCAGGAGGCAGAGGGCGCUGCCUUGGCUCUCCGCGAUGCCAAGAAGGAGCACAACAAGAAAGUCCAGGAGUUGCUGCGGCAGCUGCAGCUGGCAGAGGCGAAGGCCCGGAAGAUGCUCAAGGCCAAGUGCCAAGAGGAGUCCAAGGAGCUGCAGCAGCUGAAGGGCGCCCAGUGCCAGAACCACGCGGAGCUCAGAGAGCUGAAGGAGCUGAAUGCUCAGCUGGUUGAGCGCUUGGGGAAGGAGCGGGUGGAGCAUGCCGAGACAAAGCGAUGCUUGGAGCAAGCCUCCCGCGAGAAAGAGACUCUGGAACAAAGAGUGGACAGCCUUUGCGAGCAGCUCAUCCAGCUUUCCGAGCUCAAUGACUCCUUGCAGUGA